UCAGUGACCUUUCCGCGAAAUUUUUUCCAUGCACAACUCACGUGAGCGCAUCAAAUAUCGUCUACAAGGAACCUUAGACCUAUUCUGCGUGUUAGUGAGUUUGCUGCGAGGAACGAUGUUUGUGCCUUUGAUCUUUAUAGCUUUGCUGUGUCUGAACGUCGCCUCGUUCAGACUCUUCAGCAGCACAGAAUAUGAUGAUGGUGCCGACUUCAAUCUGUUUGUUUUCACUCAGUGGUGGCCUCAGACGCAAUGCCAAUAUGCACUUGGCAAUGUGAAGAACAAAAGUUGUGUACCAUCGGGAAUUACAAAGUGGACAAUCCAUGGAUUGUGGCCUACUGUUGGUGAAGAACAUAAACCAGUGUACUGUAAUAGCUCAUGGCCUUUUAAUGGGGGAGACAUAGAGGAUUUGAAACCAAAACUGGACUUACAGUGGCCAUCUUAUGAUUCCCCUGAUGCAGCUGAAUUUUGGAAACAUGAAUGGGAAAAGCAUGGCACAUGUUCAACCAAUCUUCCUUUCCUAGACUCAGAACACAAGUACUUUGAAGUCUCUCUGUCGUUAAAUGUCAAGUAUGAUAUAUUUAGUGUCCUACAACAGAGCGGAAUUGUACCAUCUAACGAGAAGGCUUACCAGGUGAAGGAUAUUGAGCGUGCUCUUUUGGACGCUUACAGAGUUCAUCCCACAGUUUAUUGUCUGCCUGUUAAGGACUCUCCUCAGAUGUUAAGCUAUGUUGAGUUGUGCCUGAGUAAAUUAGAGCUGGGUCCAAUUAACUGCAUGAACAGCACCGCCGACUGUGAUUACAACAAACCCGUGCAGUACCCCCCUAUCGUUCCUGUAGAUGGCGUGAUGUAGAAGCAUGCUUAUUUACCAAUCAGAUUUCGCCAGUACGCCAGUACGAGAGACUGGAAUGACAUCUUUUUAGGGCCUUUUUUGGGGGAAGGGUGGGGGUGGGUGGAAUUGGAAUGUCUUUGAGGGGCUUACG